UCAAGCCUUCAACACGCCAUUUCUUUUCUUCUAUUCUUUUUUAAAGACGUAAUUAAAUGACAUCUGAUAUACGGUUGUUGGUAAAGUUGUAACAUUUUCGGCAAGGGAGGACGGUGAGGGUGAACUUGCACUACUGGCGGAGCGAACAGAAUGUCCGCCGUCGAUGCGCGGCCGGACGAGUCUGUAUCCGAUGAGUCGGCGAUGUCAGCAUCUCUGAAAUCGGAUUUCAGUUCACAGGCAUGCAAUGUCUUGGCCGAGCUCCGCGAGCAAGGAGAGUUGUGUGACGCUGUCAUCCGGGUGGAAUCGGCACUUUUCCCCAUCCACCGGAACAUCAUGUCAGCCUGCAGCAGCUACUUCCGGGCGCUCUUCACCAGUCAGAUGCUGACCACGAAUCAACAUGAGAUCUCCCUGACCCAGGUGGGUGCUGACGUCAUGUCCGUUCUCAUCGAGUACGCUUACACACGAACUGCGAAGAUCACCGCCAUGAACGUAGAGCAAGUGCUGCCUGCUGCCGAUCAGUUCCACAUCCUGGGAGUGGUCAAGGCGUGCUGCGAAUUCUUGACCAAAGAAUUGACCCCUGAGAAUUGCAUUGGCAUUCGAAAGUUUGCGCAGAGCUACUUUUGCAGCGGGUUGGAGCAAAAAGCACACUCCUAUACGCUUGAUAACUUCCACGCUGUCUUCACCACCAGUAAUGAAUUCCUGCAGCUGGAUAUUGAUGAGGUCGUGGAGCUGCUCCAGUCGGACAAUUUGAACGUGCGCACAGAGGAGCUGGUGUUUGAUGCUCUCUGUCGCUGGAUCGACUACAGUCCGGAGAGGAGGCGUCGGCACAUCGCUAGGCUACUGAGAACCAUUAGACUGGGUCUCCUUACCACCAAUUUUUUUGUGGAGAAGGUGAUGUUCGUCAUCGGCGGCUGGAGUGGGGGCGCCCCGACCAACAUGGUGGAAACGUACGACACUCGAGCUGACAGAUGGGUGGUCUGCUCCGUUGCCGACACAGGUCCUCGAGCAUAUCAUGGGAUGAUCACAGUUGAUGGUACUAUCUUUAUCAUCGGGGGCUUCGAUGGUGUGGAGUAUUUCAACAGCUGCAGGACCUUUGACCCAGUCAAAAAACUAUGGGAAGAGGCUCCUCCCAUGAACUGCAAAAGGUGUUAUGUGAGCGUGGCGCUGCUGGCUGGCUACAUCUACGCCAUGGGUGGAUUCGACGGUCACGUGAGACAGAACUCCGUGGAGCGCUUCACAAAGGAGACCAACCAGUGGAGUCUGAUACGGCCCAUGCACCACCAGAGGAGCGAUGCCUGCGCUACCACGCUCAACGAUAAUCGAUGACAUGCUUUUCACGAUUGGCGGUUUUAAUGGAGUUACCACCAUCUUUAACGUGGAAUGUUACGAUUCUCAAGCAGAUGAAUGGUAUGACGCCACUGACAUGAGCCUCUACCGGAGUGCUCUGAGCGCCUGUGUGGUGAAAGGUCUGCCCAAUGUCCAGGACUACAUCUACCAAAACCGCACCGUGAGGAACCAGGACCAUUCGUCCACUGUGGACCCCCCGGAACACUCUGGACCAGCCUCGCCGACCUGACUGAGACAGUUGAUGGGACGGUUUCUGGUCACUCCAGCCAGCUGGUUCUCCUUCUAAGCACGUAAGGUGAAACCAGUAACAACCCAUCCAAACCUGUCCACGCAUACAUUCCAGGAAGGUCCAACGAAAAAAAACCCUUUCAUGACCCGAUUUCGAAAGUACAGAAGAGUGCUAUAAUUUUUUGUUUCCAAAAAACCGAAUACCAAAGGAUGUCACGAGAAAGAAGCGAAAACAGUAAUAACUAUCAGAAAGAACGUGAAAGAGAAGAAAAACAUUCAACUUUCCAUUCGAACAGGAACACAAUUGCAAUUUGUCUUUGAUUAACUGUGUGCUGACUUGACAUCAAUAAAAGAAUUCUGGCGUGAAAAAAA